GCACCCAAAACAACAACAACAACAACAACAACAACAAAACAGCAAGAAAGAAACAAAUUCAUAUUUACUUAUGUUUCAAACAAUGAACAAAGCAGUUUCUUCCUUACAACUUUGUAAAACAUGUUUAGAAUGUUUCAGAGGUACUCCUAUAAGAAAAAUAAACUCUCAAGUUUUACAGCAUCCUCGGAUGACAACUUUAAAUACCAUAACUUCACAUAGAACCAUAUGUACGACAGUUCCACUUCAAAGGAAAAAGAAGAUGGCACGGAGAUAUGUUCCACCCAUAGUACCAUUCACUAUGUAUGGGGAUGCACAUAGACUUAUGAGGGGUGCUUGUGUAAAGUUUGACAGAUAUGGACCAUUGUUUGAUAAACCAGAUUAUACAUUUUUAGAUGGAAGGCCAACUCCUUUGACACCAGAGCAGAUGGAACAGAAAAUAGAGAGAAGAGAGAUGGCUGAGAGGGUGAUGAAGUUUACAACAGACAUAAUAAAAGUGAAGAAAUUUAACGAAGAAUUUACCAAAAAACGAGAGUUGAAGAAGGAAAAAAGGAAACAAUACAGAUUGAUGGAAAAAAGUUGAUGUACAAUGGAUAUAUAAUGUAGUUGAAAUUCAAUUAUAAGGAAAUAAGAUUGUU